AUGGGAGCGUUGCGGACGCCGUUAAAGAAGGCGCCAGCCGGCCUCUUCCGUUUCGGCCUCAGAUUUGUGAUCCUCCUGUUCGUCGUCGUUAUGGUCGUAUUUAUAUUAGAGACCGGAAAGCUGGCAGACAGACAACGAAAGUCGGAGUUUGAAGAGCUGCGAGAGCAGUCGCUGAGGAAGAUCCUGAGGCAGCACGAGAUGGAGAUUCAGGCAGCCAUCGACAAGAACAUUGGCUGGUUCUCACACUACCUCUCCAGACUCCGUCUGUCGUCUCGUGCUGGGGCUGGAAGAGACGAGGACGACGAUGAUGACACUAGCAGCGUGUCUUCACACUCAGCCUCCGCUACAGACACACUCGCCACUGGCACAUCUGGGGGGAACGAGCGUGGCGGGGAAGCAGCGGGAGGCGGAGGUGCUGGGGGAAUGGCGGGUGGUGGGGGGGAGAAUGGGAAAGGCGGUGGCGAGGGUCAAGGGGGAAAGCGGAAGAAGGGGAAGGAGCAGGAUCUGUCGAAUGUGGGCAAUUUGGACAUGCCCAUGCACAAAGUGCACGGGGUCUUGGAACCCUGCCUCCCUCUGUUGCCCGAGCCUGAACUCUCACACCUGCAGCUGCCCGAACCUCUCCCGGACACAGUAGUGACGCGCCUUCGCUAUUAUCACAUGGACGAGGACGCAAUCGAGAUCGAGAGCACACUAGGCGCCAGGCAGGGCCAGCUGGGGCGAACGGUCCAGCUGGACAUGUUCACAGGGAAGCAGACAAUGGGAGAGAGGGCCAAGAGCUUCCGGGUGCAGGCGAGCAUGGAGGUGCACUGUGGGUUUGCGGGGCCCAACACGGGGUUCACGGUGGCAGAGGCGGACCAGCGGUGGCUGAAGCGGUGCCAGGUGGCAGUGGUGACCGCGAUAUUCGGGGGAGGUGACAUCCUCGUGCAGCCGAUCGGGAUGACGCAGGAGUCUCUUCAAAAGGUGUGCUAUGUGGCAUUUUGGGACGAUGUGACAGCAGCAGCGCAGGCAGAGGCAGGGGUGGUGCCAGAUAAAGACACCAUGAGGGUGGGGCUGUGGCGCAUUGUCAUUGUCAAGGACCUGCCGUUUGUGGACCAGCGGAGAAACGGGAAGAUUCCCAAGAUCUUGUCACAUCGUCUCUUCCCCCGCGCCCGCUUCUCCAUCUGGGUUGACUCCAAGUACCAGUUUCGCCGCGACCCCCUCGGAGUGCUCGACACGCUGCUGUGGCGGCAGCAGCCGCGGGCAGAGUUUGCGAUAUCGGAGCACGGGGCAAGGAGCUGCAUCUAUGCGGAGGGGGAAGCGAUAGUGAGGAAGCACAAGGCUCAGCCGGAGGAGGUUGCAGUGCAGCUGAACCAGUAUCGCACAGAGGGGCUCCCGGUUAAUGCCACUUAUAAUGGGAAGAAAGCAUUGGCAGAGGCGUCCAUCAUAGUGAGAGAGCACACGGCAGCCAUGAACCUGUUCAUGUGCCUGUGGUUCAACGAGAUGGUGCGAUUCACUGCUCGUGAUCAACUCAGCUUUGGCUACACGCUUCGACGACUCGACCUGGUGAAACCAAACAUGUUCCCUGUGUGCACACGACGGGCGCUAGUAAACGCUCUCGGCCACAAGCGUAAGGCAAAACCACUUGCGCAUGGAGUGUCCUGA